ACUUGCACGUGGCUCCUGGAAGCUUUGGGCUGACGGCCUCUUCGUCCUGCAGCCCCACACACGGCCCUACUUCUCCCAGAGCCCUGACAGCAGGGCAGAGCCAGUGACCCGGAGGCGACCCGGGAGGUUGCGCAGUCCCGGAGGCGGAGACCUGGCGGGCGGUGGGUGCUCCACCCCCAGAAGCUUGUUGUUCUCAGGGUUCACCCAGCAGACCCCGAAGGCGGAUUGGUCUCCAACAUCCCCCCAGUCUCCUCCAGGAGCAGCGGAAGCCUCACAGCGGCCAGAGUAGCGCAGCGCCGCUCCAAGCCCGCCCCGGCCGGCCGGCACGAUGCCGCUGCUGUACCCGAAGGUGAAGCCCAACCCGCUGCAGAAAGCAAACCUCUGCUCGCGCCUGUUCUUCUGGUGGCUAAACCCCUUGUUUAAAAUUGGUCAUAAACGGAAAUUAGAAGAAGAUGACAUGUACCCAGUGCUUCCAGAAGAUCGCUCCCAGCACCUUGGAGAAGAGCUGCAAGGGUACUGGGAUCAAGAAGUGUCAAGAGCCCAGGAAGAUGCACGGGAGCCUUCUUUAAUGAAAGUGAUCAUAAAGUGCUACGGGAAAUCCUACUUAGUUUUGGGAAUGUUAACAUUUCUUGAGGAAGGCACCAGAGUAGUUCAACCCAUAUUUUUGGGGAAAAUGAUUAGUUAUGUUGAAAACUAUGAUCCCAAUGAUUCUGCCGCUUUGCACGGAGCCUACGGCUACGCGGCAGGGCUGAGCGCCUGCGUGCUCGUGUGGGCCGUUCUGCACCACUUGUACUUCUAUCACAUCCAGCGCGUGGGGAUGAGGCUGAGAGUAGCCGUGUGCCAUAUGGUCUACCGCAAGACCCUUCGCCUAAGUAGCUCCGCCAUGGGGAAGACCACCACAGGCCAGGUAGUCAACCUGCUGUCCAACAACGUGAACAGGCUUGACCAGGUAACGAUGUUCUUGCACUAUCUGUGGGUGGGGCCACUGCAGGCUAUCGCAGUGACUGCCCUUCUCUGGAUGGAAAUAGGAAUAUCGUGUCUUGCUGGGAUGGCGGUUCUCAUUAUUCUUCUGCUUUUGCAAAGCUGCUUUGGGACGUUGUUUUCAUCACUCCGGAGUAAGACCGCUACUCUCACAGACGACAGGAUCAAGACCAUGAGCGAAAUCAUAACUGGCAUCAGAACAAUAAAAAUGAACGUUUGGGAAAAGUCAUUUAUAGACCGUAUUACCAGACUGAGAAGGAUGGAAAUUUCCAAGAUUCUGAGAAGUUCCUACCUUAGGGGCAUGAAUUUGGCAACAUUUUUUGCUGUGAGCAAAAUCAUGAUUUUUGUCACCUUCAUCACCAGUGAGCUCCUUGACAACCUGGUCACAGGCAGCCAAGUGUUUGUGGUGGUGACGCUGUUCGAGGCUCUGCGGUUCUCGAGCACCCUCUACUUCCCCAUGGCUGUCGAGAAGGUGUCAGAGGCUGUUGUCAGCAUCCAAAGAAUCAAGAAAUUUCUUUUACUUGAUGAGACAUCACAGUGCUACUCUCAGCUGCCAUCAGAUGGUAGAACAAUUGUGGAUGUGCAGGCAUUUACAGCUUCUUGGGAAAAGGCAUCAGAGACCCCAACCCUACAAGGCCUUUCAUUUACUGUCAGACCUGGUGAACUGUUAGCUGUGGUUGGACCUGUGGGUGCAGGAAAGUCAUCACUGUUGAGCGCUGUCCUGGGGGAGCUGCCCCCGAGCCAGGGGAAGGUCAGCGUCCACGGGAGGAUCGCGUAUGUCUCUCAGCAGCCCUGGUUGUUUCCAGGAACUGUGAAGAGUAACAUUUUAUUUGGGAAGAAAUAUGAAAAAGAAUGGUAUGAAGAAGUAAUAAAGGCUUGUGCUUUGAAAAAGGAUUUACACCUUUUGGAGGAAGGAGAUCUAACUGAGAUAGGAGACCGAGGAACCCCGCUGAGUGAAGGACAGAAAGCCCGGGUCAGCCUCGCCAGAGCCGUGUAUCAAGACGCAGACAUCUACCUCCUGGACGAUCCUCUCAGCGCAGUGGAUGCAGGAGUCAGCAGACACUUGUUCGAAGAGUGUAUUUGUCAGGCCUUGAAGAAUAAGAUCACAAUUUUAGUCACUCAUCAGUUUCAAUACCUACAAGAUACAAGUCAGAUUCUGGCACUGAAAAAUGGCAAAAUAGUGGACAGGAGGACUUACUCUGAGCUCCUGAAAUCUCGGAUAGAUAUCUCUUCCCUUUUUAAGAAGGGAAAUAAGCAGUCUGAACCAUCUCCAGCUCUAGGAACUCCCACUCUGAUCUCUGAGUCUUUGGCUUCAUCUCUACAGUCUCCCAGACCCUCAUUGAAAGAUGCGGCUCCAGAGGACCGAGAUACUGAGAACAUACAGGUUACACUACCUCUAGAGGACCAUUUGGAAGGAAAAGUUGGUUUUAAGACCUAUAAGAAUUACUUCACAGCCGGUGCUGGCUGGUCUGUCAUCCUCUUCCUUAUUCUAGUGAACAUCGCAGCUCAGGUUGCCUACAUCCUGCAGGAUUGGUGGCUUGCAUACUGGGCGAAUGUACAAAGUGACCUGUAUUUUGGGGAACUUGUAAAAGAAGAUGAAGAUGUAGUGUUCAUUCUGAACUGGUACUUAAGAGUGUAUUCAGGGUUAACUGUAUCUACCAUCCUUUUUGGUAUCACAAGGUCUCUGUUGAUAUUCUACGUUCUUGUUAAUUCUUCACAAACUUUGCAUAGCAAAAUGUUGGAGACCAUUUUAAGAGCUCCAGUAUUGUUCUUCAAUAGAAAUCCAAUAGGAAGAAUUUUAAAUCGUUUCUCCAAAGACAUUGGGCAUAUGGAUGACUUGCUGCCUGUGAUAUUUCAAGAUUUCAUGCAGACAUUUCUUCUCGUGGUUGGUGUGCUGGGCGUGAUGGUGGCUGCGAUUCCUUGGAUUGCUAUACCUGUGAUUACCCUUGGCAUCAUUUUCUUUGUCCUCCGGUGGUAUUUCUUAAGGACUUCACGAGAUGUGAAACGCCUGGAAUGUACAACUCAGAGCCCAGUGUUUUCCCACUUAGCAUCUUCUCUCUGGGGACUCAGGACCAUCCGGGCAUACAAAGCUGAACAGAGGCUUCAGGAGCUGUUUGAUGCAUAUCAGGAUUUGCACUCAGAUGAUUUCAGUAGAAAGGGGGAUUAAAUAUACAGACCUUGAGAAAGAAGGACCCUGGGAACUUGAGAAUCGUCCACUGCCAUCCUGGCCCCAUGGAGGAG